GUUGGGUUAAAAGGUAUCUGAUAGGUCUGUGAGCAGUUACUUCAGAGAUGGAUUGGAAUGUGCUUUUACUACUGAUGCUUUCAGCAACCUUUGGCAUCUCCUCCUCUGACCUUCAGCAGUUCUACUAUGUGAAUGAAAGAAAGAGUUGGUUGGAGGCUCAGAGUUACUGCAGGGCGACCUACAUUGAUCUGGCUACUGUUGGCAGCAUGGAGGACAUGAACAGGCUGAAAGCAGCAGUGGAUCCUGCGUACACAGGCGCUGUGUGGAUUGGACUGAAGAGGUACUGGGUUUUGUCUACAGGGGAGAAUAUAUCCGCUUAUAAUAACUGGGUCCCAGGGCAACCAAAUGAAGGAAAUGUGGAAGCAGCAUGUGGAGUGUAUUCGUCGCAGGGAUGGAAUGACUCAUACUGCUCCACAAAGUUCUACUUUGUCUGCUUUGAUGGUAGAGCCAGUGCCACGGACACCUUCAUCCUAUUAAGCUCCAACAUGACUUGGACACAAGCCCAGACUUAUUGCAGCCAGCACUACACAAACCUCGCCAGCAUCCAUAACGCACAAGAGCAGCAACAAGUUCUUAACGUAGUUGGUAACAACACCAGUGCAUGGUUUGGCCUGAUCUCCGGGCAGUGGUCUGAUAAAGGAUUCUCCCCGUUCCGGUACUGGGCAAACGGACAAGCUCCCGAAUCAACUUCUACUGAGAAAUGUGCUGCCAUGAUGAUGUCUAAUUCUGGGAAGUGGACUCAAAGUCAAUGUGACCUACAAAAUCCGUUCGUUUGCUAUGGAGGACUCAAGUUCGCUCGCAUUUACUACUUCAUAAGAGACUCAAAGACGUGGACAGAGGCUCAGACAUACUGCAGAAAGAGAUUCACUGAUCUAGCUACUGUAGACAGUGUUAAAGAGGUGAGCAGACUGUUGAAAGCUGUGGAUGUUGGCUAUAGUGGUUCUUUAUGGAUCGGACUAACAAAAGCGGGACAACACUGGGGCUGGUCUAGAGGAGAUGAGCUACUGUCCAAUUUCAGUAACUGGGACGCAGGAAGGCCAAAUGGUAAUGGACAGUGUGUAUUUACCGUCGAUGGAGUGUGGCGUGAUUAUGAUUGCACAGUAGCUCUGUACUUCGUGUGCUACUAUGAGGGCACUGGUUACAUCUUGGUAGAAACUUCCAAAAACUGGUAUGACGCUCAGAGUUACUGCAGAACGACCUACACUGACCUGGCCAGCAUUCGUUCUCCUUGGGAGCAGAAGCAGGUGACUGACCUCGUGGUUAAAGGGGUCUCUGUCUGGGUCGGUUUGUUCUUAGACACCUGGCAAUGGUCUGACCAGUGGAGCCUCUCAUUUAGAAACUGGGCAUCAGGACAGCCAAGCUCAGGAACUGGUAGCUGUUCUGCUGUAGUGAUGGGUGAUUCUGGGAAAUGGACUGCUGACAACUGCAAUUGGCAGUACCCUUUCAUCUGCUAUAUAGAGGAGGACAGGGUGAAGAAAAAGCAGACUGUGAAGGUGACGGUGUCUUCAAAUGGAAAAACAGAUCUAAAUGACCCUUUCGUGAAGGCUGCACUCUUGAAUGAGAUUGAGAAACAACUGAAAAGGCAAGGAAUGGCUAAUAAUACCAAACUGAGCUGGAGACCUAAGAAUAAUACCAAAGUGUUCACCCUGAAGCCAAAAAAAGUAACUGAUUAAAAAGUGAAGAAAGUUCUGCAGAAAUGUUCUAUACGUUUUUCCAUUCAAGAUCUGUUUUAAACUAAUUACUAAUUAUAACUGUCUCUUUUUAUGCUUUCUUUAAUGUUUCAGCGUUUAAGACUUAGUAAGCAGUCCACACCAAAACAUCCAGAUGUGGAAUCCAGAUGUGGAAUUUUUGAUAUUUUAUUGAAUUAUUUUAAUACCGCAGAGUUUUAAUAUUUUCUGUUCAUUAUAUCAUUUUUCUUCAUAUGCUCUACAUCAGGGGUGCACACCUCCAGUUCUGUCCAGCACAGUUUGGUAGUUCCUGUCCUUAAACACACCAACUACCUGGAAAUUAACAGGUGAGUGUAAUCAGGUGUGUCUGAGCAGGUAAAACACCAAACUCUGCUGGACUGGAAAAAGAUGUGUAAGAUUUAUUCAAUACUUUUUAAAUUACUAAGGUUCUUUUAGAUUAAAUGAUUAUAAGAAUGAAAUUACUUACAUAAUCAGUUUACUUCUAUGGUCACUUUACUCUUAUGAUCACUACUCUCUCACUCUCUCUCUCUCUCUCUCUCUCUCUCUCUCAACUAUCAUGUUUCAUUUUAAGUUGAAGGCAAAGUUUAAAUUUUACUGUUUGCAAAAAAUAAAACCUGUAAUUUGUCACUCUCACUGACUGGAGUUUUUAAGU